GGUUCACAGCUCCCCUUGGCCUGAAAAGUCAUAACCCAUCCACCUUCUGGAAAACCCACACAUAUACAAUUAAAACAGGAAGUAGAAAGCUUUGAACUGAAUUUGACCUCUAGACAUCCCUCCCCACCUGUUGUUCUCAGGGAACCCAGGCCACUUGCCAGGAGGUAUUUUCACACAUGGAGAGAAGACUGCUCCCCACCACAGAUGCUGCUCUGAUGUCUUCUAUGAGCCUCCCUGCAGUCACUGAAUGGGCAGAUUCGCUGAAGCUUGUGGCGCCCUCUUCUGUCUUCGAAGGAGACAGCAUAGUUCUGAAAUGCCAGGGAGAACAGAACUGGACAAUUCAGAAGAUGGCUUACCACAAGGAUAACAAAGAGUUAUCUGUUUUCAAAAAAUUCUCAGAUUUCCUUAUCCAAAGUGCAGUUUUAAGUGACAGUGGUAACUAUUUCUGUAGUACCAAAGGACAACUGUUUUUCUGGGAUGAAAGUUCAAAUAUAGUAAAGAUAAAAGUCCAAGAGCUCUUUCAACAUCCUGUGCUGACUGCCAGCUCCUUCCAGCCCAUCGAAGGGGGUCCAGUGAGCCUGAAAUGUGAGACCCGGCGCUCUCCACAGAGGUUGGAUGUUCAACUCCAGUUCUGCUUCUUCAGAGAAAACCAGGUCCUGGGGUCAGGCUGGAGCAGCUCUCCGGAGCUCCAGAUUUCUGCCAUGUGGAGCGAAGACACAGGGUCUUACUGGUGUGAGGCAGAAACGGUGACUCACAGGAUCAGAAAACAGAGCCUCCAAUCCCAGAUUCACGUGCAGAGAAUCCCUGUCUCUAACGUAAGCUUGGAGAUCCGGGCCCCCUGGGGACAGGUGACUGAAGGACAAAAACUGAUCCUGCUCUGCUCAGUGGCUGGGGGUACAGGAAAUGUCACAUUCUCCUGGUACAGAGAGGCCACAGGAACCAGUAUGGGAAAGAAAACCCAGCGUUCCCUGUCCGCAGAGCUGGAGAUCCCAGCUGUGAAAGAGAGUGAUGCCGGCAAAUAUUACUGUAGAGCUGACAACGGCCAUGUGCCUAUCCAGAGCAAGGUGGUGAAUAUCCCUGUGAGAAUUCCAGUGUCUCGCCCUGUCCUCACCCUCAGGUCUCCUGGGGCCCAGGCUGUGGUGGGGGACCUGCUGGAGCUUCACUGUGAGGCCCUGAGAGGCUCUCCUCCAAUCCUGUACCGAUUUUAUCAUGAGGAUGUCACCCUGGGGAACAGCUCGGCCCCCUCUGGAGGAGGGGCCUCCUUCAACCUCUCUUUGACUGCAGAACAUUCUGGAAACUACUCCUGUGAGGCCAACAACGGCCUGGGGGCCCAGUGCAGUGAGGCAGUGCCGGUCUCCAUCUCAGGACCUGAUGGCUAUAGAAGAGACCUCAUGACAGCCGGAGUUCUCUGGGGACUGUUUGGUGUCCUUGGUUUCAUUGGUGUUGCUUUGCUGUUGUAUGCCUUGUUCCACAAGAUAUCAGAAGAGAUAGCCUUUCACCAUGUUGACCAGGCUAGUCUUGAACUCCUGGCCUCAAGUAAUCCACCCACCUCGGCCUCGCAAAGUGCUGGCAUUACAGGAGUGAGUGAGCCACCACGCCUGGCCCCAAUAGGAGAAAGUUCUGCCACAAAUGAACCCAGAGGGGCUUCCAGGCAAAAUCCUCAAGAGCUCACCUAUUCAAGCCCAACCCCAGACAUGGAGGAGCUGCAGCCAGUGUAUGUCAAUGUGGGCUCUGUAGAUGUGGAUGUGGUUUAUUCUCCGGUCUGGAGCAUCCAGCAGCCAGAAGGCUCAGCAAACAUCAGGACACUUCUGGAGAACAAGGACUCCCAAGUCAUCUACUCUCCUGUGAAGAAAUCAUAACACAGAGGAAUCAGAAGGGAAGAUCAACAACAAGGAUGGGGCAUCAUUAAGACUUGCCAUAAAACCUUAUGAAAAUGCUUGAGGCUUAUCACCUGCCACAGCCAGAAUGUGCUUCAGGAGGCACCUCCUGUCAUCAUUUUUGUUCUGAUCAUGUUUCUUCUCCAAUAUCUUCUUUUACCUAUUAAUAUUCAUUGAACUGCUACUACAUCCAGACACUGUGCAAAGAAAUUAUUGCUGCUACCUUCUCUUAAGCCAUCAGUGUGUAAAGAUUUGAGGGAAGAAUGAAUAAGAGAUACAAGGUCUCACCUUCAUCUACUGUGAGGUGAUGAGAACAGGACUUGAUAGUGGUGUAUUAACUUAUUUAUAUGCUGCUGGAUACAGUUUGCUAAUAUUUCAUUGAGAAUUUUUGCAAAUAUGUUCAUUGGGAAUAUUGGCCUGAAAUUUUCUUUUCCACUGUGUCUCUGCCAGAAUAUUUGUAUCAGGCUGGUGCUGGCUUCAUAGAAUGAGUUAGGCAGGAGCCCUUCCUCCUUGAUUUUUUGGCAUAGUUUCAGCAGGAUUGGUACCAGUUAUUCUUUGUACAUCUGGUAGAAUUCAGCUGUGAAUCCAUCUGGUCUAGGGCUUUCGUGUUGGUAGGUAAGUUUUUUAUUACUAAUUCAACUUCAGUGCUUGAUAUUGGUCUACAAGGGUUUCUUUCUCUUCCUGGUUCAAUCGUGGGAGAUUGUGUGUUUCCAGGAAUUUAGCCAUUUCCUCCAGAUUUUCUUCUUUAUGUGCAUAGAGUUGAGUGUAAACAUAACUUACAUGCACUGGGAAACCAAAAAAUCUGUGUGACUUGCUUUAUUGCAGCAUUUGCUUGAUUUUGGUGGUCUGGAACUGCACCUGCAAUAUCACCAAAGUAUGCAUAUAGUUGCAAAAAUGUGAUUUUUGACACAGUAAAUAUGAGUAUUUGCAAUAAAUUAUGAUAUUACUUUUGUAAGUAUAUAGAAUAAAAUAUAAAUAUGGAUUUGAUAC